UGCUUGUGAGAAGAAGAGGCACAGGCUCAGUCUCUAAUACCGCCCUGGUGCAAAAUAUACUUCAGUACAGAGCACAUUUCUUAAUUAAGGUUAACUUUGUUUCGUAAAAUGAACCGGACUGAGAAAAUACAGAACUCGCCGUGAUUGUUGGUGCGGAAUUCACAUCCUAGUGGUCCUUAUAUCAAGCAACUAGCUCGUGUAGUCUUCACAGAGGAAUAGUGUGACUGGCCAGUCAACGGCUCAUCCUAAAGCCAGAAAGCGUGUACAAACCAGGCACCAACGAUACUGGAUCAAAUAAACAUAAUUUUAGCAACUCUGGCAGACAAGCCCACCUUCUUUCACUCAAAGGCUUGGACUUUAGAGCUCUAUGCCAGCAAUUAUGACAAUGUUAGCCGACCACGCAGCCAGACAGCUGCUGGACUUUAACCAGAAACUGGAUAUCAACCUGCUGGAUAAUGUGGUCAACUGUCUGUACCAUGGGGUUGGGCCACAGCAAAGAAUGGCCCAGGAGGUGCUGACUCAUUUGAAGGAGCACCCAGACGCUUGGACACGUGUUGACACUAUUCUGGAGUUUUCUCAGAAUAUGAACACCAAAUACUAUGCUCUGCAGAUUCUGGAAACAGUUAUUAAAACAAGAUGGAAGAUUUUGCCCAGAAACCAGUGUGAAGGCAUUAAAAAGUAUGUUGUGGGCCUCAUUAUCAAGACAUCAUCAGAUGCAGCCAAUGUUGAGAAAGAGAAAGUGUACAUUGGAAAACUCAACAUGAUACUAGUACAGAUACUGAAGCAGGAGUGGCCGAAACACUGGCCUACAUUUAUCAGCGAUAUUGUUGGAGCGAGCCGCACCAGUGAGAGCCUUUGCCAGAACAAUAUGAUCAUUCUUAAGCUCCUCAGUGAGGAGGUGUUUGACUUCUCCAGUGGUCAGAUGACACAAGUAAAAGCAAAACACCUGAAAGACAGCAUGUGCAAUGAGUUCUCCCAGAUAUUCCAAUUGUGCCAGUUUGUGAUGGAAAAUUCCCAGAAUGCUCCACUUGUGCAUGCUACAUUAGAAACUCUGCUGAGGUUUCUCAACUGGAUUCCCUUGGGCUAUAUCUUUGAAACCAAACUCAUCAGUACUCUGGUGUACAAGUUUUUAAAUGUGCCGAUGUUUCACAACGUGACGCUGAAGUGCUUGACUGAGAUAGCAGGAGUCAGCGUCAGCCAGUAUGAGGAGCAGUUUGUCAGUCUCUUCACUCUGACCAUGAUGCAGCUCAAACAGAUGCUUCCUUUGAACACCAACAUUCGAUUGGCGUAUGCAAAUGGUAAAGAUGAUGAGCAAAACUUCAUUCAGAACCUCAGCCUCUUCCUCUGCACCUUCCUCAAAGAACACGGACAGCUGAUAGAAAAGAGGCUGAACCUCAGAGAGACUCUUAUGGAGGCUCUACAUUACAUGUUGCUGGUGUCCGAGGUGGAGGAGACGGAGAUCUUUAAGAUCUGUUUGGAGUACUGGAACCACCUGGCAGCUGAGCUUUACAGAGAGAGUCCUUUCUCAACAUCCACCUCUCCUCUCCUCUCAGGGAGCCAACACUUCGAUGUACCGCCCCGCAGACAGCUAUAUCUGCCGGUGCUGUCUAAGGUACGUUUGUUAAUGGUGAGUCGCAUGGCCAAGCCAGAGGAGGUGCUGGUGGUGGAGAAUGAUCAGGGGGAGGUGGUUCGGGAGUUCAUGAAGGACACAGACUCCAUUAACCUCUACAAGAACAUGAGGGAGACGCUUGUUUAUCUUACCCAUCUGGACUAUGCCGAUACAGAGCGUAUUAUGACAGAAAAGCUUCAUAAUCAGGUGAACGGUACUGAGUGGUCCUGGAAGAACUUGAACACGUUGUGCUGGGCCAUUGGUUCCAUCAGUGGAGCCAUGCACGAAGAAGAUGAGAAACGCUUCCUUGUCACUGUCAUUAAGGACUUGCUAGGUCUAUGUGAGCAGAAAAGAGGGAAGGAUAACAAGGCCAUCAUUGCCUCCAACAUCAUGUACAUAGUGGGCCAGUAUCCACGGUUCCUACGUGCACACUGGAAAUUCCUUAAGACUGUUGUCAACAAAUUGUUUGAGUUUAUGCAUGAAACUCAUGAUGGAGUGCAGGACAUGGCGUGUGACACUUUCAUUAAGAUUGCUCAGAAGUGCAGGAGGCAUUUUGUGCAGGUGCAGGUGGGAGAGGUGAUGCCCUUCAUUGAUGAGAUCCUCAACAACAUCAACACCAUCAUCUGUGACCUCCAGCCCCAGCAGGUGCAUACAUUUUACGAAGCUGUCGGCUACAUGAUUGGAGCACAGACUGACCAGGCUGUACAGGAACACCUUAUAGAAAAGUACAUGUUGUUACCCAACCAGGUGUGGGAUAGCAUCAUUCAGCAGGCCACCAAGAAUGUGGACAUCCUGAAGGACCCAGAGACAGUAAAGCAGUUGGGCAGCAUCCUGAAGACCAAUGUCAGAGCGUGUAAAGCUGUUGGACACCCUUUUGUUAUUCAGCUGGGCCGAAUCUACCUGGACAUGCUAAAUGUAUACAAGUGCCUCAGUGAAAACAUCUCUGCUGCCAUCCAAACUAAUGGUGAGAUGGUGACAAAGCAGCCUCUAAUCAGGAGCAUGCGCACAGUGAAGAGAGAGACUCUAAAGCUGAUAUCAGGCUGGGUCAGCCGCUCCAAUGACCCACAGAUGGUGGGGGAGAAUUUUGUUCCUCCGCUGUUGGAUGCUGUGCUUAUUGAUUACCAGCGCAAUGUCCCAGCGGCAAGAGAACCUGAAGUGCUUAGUACCAUGGCAACAAUCGUAAACAAACUGGGUGGACACAUUACUGGAGAGAUCCCGCAGAUAUUUGAUGCAGUGUUUGAGUGCACAUUAAACAUGAUCAACAAAGAUUUUGAAGAGUAUCCAGAACACCGGACGCAUUUCUUCUACCUGCUGCAGGCGGUGAACUCUCACUGUUUCCCAGCAUUCCUGGCCAUCCCACCAGCUCAGUUUAAGCUUGUGCUUGACUCUAUUAUAUGGGCUUUUAAACACACUAUGAGAAAUGUGGCAGACACUGGUCUUCAGAUUCUCUACACACUGCUGCAGAACGUGGCCCAGGAGGAAGCAGCAGCUCAGAGCUUCUAUCAGACAUAUUUCUGUGACAUCCUACAACACAUCUUUUCUGUCGUCACAGAUACAUCACAUACAGCUGGAUUGACCAUGCAUGCUUCUAUUCUGGCGUACAUGUUCAACCUUGUCGAAGAAGGAAAAAUCAGUGCAACUCUAAACCCCUCAAACCCAGUCAACAACCAAGUGUUUAUUCAGGAGUAUGUGGCCAACUUGCUCAAAUCAGCUUUUCCACACUUACAAGAUGCCCAGGUCAAAGUAUUUGUUACUGGCCUAUUCAGUUUAAACCAAGACAUCCCAGCAUUCAAGGAACACUUGAGGGAUUUCCUUGUACAGAUCAAGGAAUUUGCUGGUGAGGACACCUCGGACCUGUUCCUGGAGGAGAGGGAGGCGUCACUGCGUCAGGCCCAGGAGGAGAAACACAAGCUGCAGAUGUCAGUGCCUGGCAUCCUCAAUCCUCACGAAAUACCAGAGGAGAUGUGCGACUGAGUUCGCACGCAAACGCCCAGCACACACACUGCGCUGACUCCUAAACAAACUAAACACACGACUAAAGCAGUGUCGUGGCUGCUCUUCUGUGGGCUGUCUGUGUGUUUUCUCGUAAGCGUGUGUGUGUGUGUGUGUGUGAGUACUUUAGGCUCUUCCUGCAAGGAGACGAUUUCCGCACUUGGCUGUCUCUUGACCAAAACAAUGCCAAUAUGUAAAAGAUACUGUCACCCAGUGGCCCUAUUUGCAUAGUACGCGUUUCAUACAGACACUUUUACGUAUUACCUUUCCAUUGUUAACUGCUUUCCGUUUGGUCACUGUAAUCCGAAUGUGCAUGAAGUGUCACAUCUGUACAAUUAACUCGCUUGUGCUGGCUUUUAUUUUUGUUGCCCCUCUUCCCUUCUAUUUCCUCCUCUUCUUCCACACAUCAUGUAUUUGUUCAUGAAUAUUAUAUAUAAAGACCAGAGUGCAGUUUGUUGUGUUUGCGGAGGGCUGUAUGUAUUCUGGCAGCGGGUAGAUGGUACCUGGUUGUCAGUGUGUGUGGGCCAGUGAGCGACGCACCUGGUCCAACCUAUGAGAAUGUCAACGAAUGUCUGUGAUUGGUGAGUAAGCAGAGGUGCUGUGCGCUCAUUGGUCUGUGAUUCGUGUGUGUUGGGUGAGCAGCAUGAAGUGGUUCGGGACUAAAGUAGCUCUCAGCAGAAUGUGAAGCGGAUCGCUGAGUUGAACUGUCUGAUCGAUGCUGCUGUGGUUGUGAGUGGCGUUUCGAAACGACACUCCAUUCGCUUUUUUUCCUGCACAGGAGUGUUCAGUAGCCCCUCUACAUGUUCAUAUCAGCAUUACUGUACAGCAUCUUUACUAUCAUGGGAACACGCGGAUGUUUCGUCCUGUUUUGUUGUGGGUGUGAGAGCGUGCGUGUGUGUUGUCGCUAAGCCGACAUCAGGUUUUUUGUUUUCCUCAAUGAGGACGGUUGCUCCUUUUGUGAGCUUUCAUUAAAUUGAAGUUUAAAAAAAAAAAGUGGUUGAAAUAUUUAUGGGUUCUUGUAGGCUACACCUUUAUAACUGCUCAUGUUAACUCACUCAGAGACUGCUUUGGAGUUUUUCAAAUUGUACUAAUUUACAUUGUUUACCAUGCUGUAGUGCUGCAGGACACUACUUAGAGCAAAAUAAAUCUCAGUUUACAUUUAAUUUUGUAUUUUUGCAUUUUUUUUUUUCAUUUUUAUCUUUAAGUCCUGUCCUAAUAAUAAAAUGCAGGGGUUUAUUUGGGAUACAACUGCAUUAAUGCCAACAUUCUCAUUAGGAAGAAGAAUGUACCAAUCCAAAUACUGAUUAUCAAUGGUGAAUUUCCCCCUUUACUAUGUGUUGCAUUUGUUGUGAAACUUUUUGAACUGAUUAAAGUUGGAAGAAUUUUA